AUGCGAUUGUUGACGUUUUUCUUGGUCUUCGCUUUGGUUUCGCUUGUAGCCACGAUCGGUAUUCGACCAAGCCAGAAGAUCACGGUGUCUGGCAAACUGAUUUGUAAGGGAAAGCCGGCCAAAGGCAUUGUGAGUUUGUUUUGAAAGUUUAAAAAUUUAAAUUUAAAAAAAUUAAGUUUUAAAAUUUUAAAAUCAAAUUUUUUUUAAAUUAAAAAAUUCAAAUUUCAAGCUUAUUUAAAAAAUUAUUUUUAGAAAGUAAAACUCUACGACCAUGACACCUUCACCUUGGACGAUCUGAUCGGUGAAACCAAGACCGACUCUUCUGGAAGCUUCCACAUCUCUGGAAAAGCCCAUGAAGUCACCAGAAUUACUCCAAAGCUCAACGUGUAAGUUAAUAUACGCAAUCGAAAAGAAAUCGUAUUUUACAACACAUUACUCAUGAGUAUACUCAUGCUUACCAAAGAAUUCACCCUUUAAAUGCAACUUACCUUUUAGAUACCACAAAUGUGGCAAAGUGAUCCCAAUCUGUGAUACCAAGUUCUCCAUCGAAGUACCCAAACGUUACAUUGAUUCUGGCAAAGAAUUCGACGCCGGAACCUUGAACUUGGAAGGCAAAUACCCAGGACAAAGCAAUGAUUGUCUCAACUAA